AGAACCUCGGACCACUACUAUAUAAGAAGCCCAGGAGUUGUGCUUCAUACUCAUACAUGAAUGAAGAAAGCUAUCUCUUUGAUCACUUGCUCUUCAGCUCGAUCCAAAGCUCCAAAGGUCUUCUUCUUGGUUAGAGAAAAACAGAUUCAACUUAAGAGUUUCUCUGGCAAUGAAGGAAACGAAAGCAAAAAGUAUCCCAAUGCAACUAACUAGUGUUUUGUGGGCAUGCAAGAACGUUUUACUGCAACGUGUAGGGUAUCAGACAGCAAAUCAGGAGGACUGCAUGAAUGAUGCAAAGUUGCUGUCCUUCGAUGAUGCCAGCCUCGAAACCAGUACCAAUAAGCUCAUUACCAAACUUAAGGAGGAUGGAGGUCUUUCCCUGGAUGUUUUGGAGAAUGUGCUGACAAGUAUGUCUGAUUUAGGGCAAAAAACUGCUGACGCGAUCUUGGAUUUCAAGAGUAAGAUGAUUGAUAUGAAGGACGAUAGCUAUAAGCUUGUGGUGAUGGAAUACUUGAGCAGCAGCCUGGAGCUGCUGGACUUCUUUACUGAAUUGGAAAAGUUUCUAGACUCGGCUCGUCGGAGCCAUUCACAUAUCGAACAUGCGAUUGAACAGUGUAGCAGCUUGGGGAGUAAACAUAGACCAGGAAGCGAGGAGGCCAAGAUGAUUUCCAAUAUAUUGAGUAACAUUAUGGCGUCUAAUGUCAAUGACCACUCUGGUGAAAAGUUGGUCGAAAAAGCUCAUUGUUUGCUUGAGAAGCAGAAAGAAAUGUUUUCCAAAUGUCGCAUUGAACAAGAGAAGCUUGGGAAGGAUAAGAAGAGUAAUGUUUGGAGGAAGCUCUUGAGUCGUAUAUUCAUGGUUGUCAAGUGGCUCGUUCUCGUUGUUCUAGGGGUGAUAUUUGUAAACUUAAACAGAAAAAACUAUUAA